AUGCACCACAACUCACCCAUGGACCAGUCCACCACUACUGCCCGCUCUUGCACCGUCGUACUGUACCAAGCCGCGAGGCAUGGGCGCACUGAGCGCAAUGUCAGGCCCAGGGGACAGUCUGGCAUGCCGCAUGCCGUACGCCCCCAGGCCGAACCAGGAUUAGAACUGCAAACCAAGACCAGGACCAAGACCAACGGCUUUCCAACUUCAAAAUGGUUCCUCCUCUCUGUUCCGGAUUUUGUUGCCUACCUGCACCGUCUAUCUGAGGCGUCGGGGAUAACUUCGGGUCUUGGUAGGAUUCGUGUAAUCGACAAUGCAGUGUGUUUAAGCUUCUCCCCUGAGAUCAGCGUCAUUCCUCCCUUGGUUCGAGGGACUUUUGCCAACGCCAACAAUAAGCAUGAACCGUGGUACCUGCUUGACGCGGGUGCAGACUUGGACCCUUUGCUUUCCUCAUUCUUUUCGUCCAUUCCCGAAAGACUGCUCGGUACUGAAGUAUGUACCUAUGGUCCGCUAGUUCUUGCUUGCUGCAUUGGUGAAAACACUGGUAAAUCAAUGUUCCCUCCCGCCGGCCUGUGGAAGUUUUCGGACGGGGUCCUCGGCAUCGGUACGGGCUUGAAGUAG